GUUGGGAGAGCUCAGCCCCAGUGAACGCUCGUGUGUGUCAGCUGAAGGACACCAACACUGCCCGGUGAUCCAUCUGGGUGGUGCCAAGCGAGGAACAUGUACUGGUGUUUUGGAUGGCCAAGGAAAUCCAUCUCAAAUACCCAGAGAUCCUCCAUGCCGCUCACCCCUUCUUCCUCUCCCUCAAGUUUGUGGGUGCUGGUGGCUCUCUCCUGGAUGGAGCAGUUUUCGUGGUGAGACCCACAAGAAACCUCAACUCUCAUGCCUUGGGUCUUAUGGGAACUGUUUUCAAAGAGAAAGAGUCUGGUUUGUGGAUCUAUUUACCUGAGAACAACUUGUCAACAAUUCCUGUGGAUGUCGUCAUCAGCGAGGUCAGUGUUAGAUACCAACUUGCUGCUCAGGUGUCUGUUGUACCUGCUGGUUGGCAUCUCCACUUUGUCUCUCCUGGUAACCAAGUAUGUGCUGACAGAUUAGCAGCAGGAGUGGGAACUGCAGUGGCUGUAACUCAUAUGACUUCACUGGUACCAAUCCAGACCACCUGGCUUCCCCAGGGACAGGCUUGUGUCAUCCUGACCUUACCUCUACCUUUACAUCUACCACUGCACUACAUUUGGAAUCUGGUUGAGUACAUGUACUCAGACCCAAGCCUGAUGUGCUUGGUGGUGUAUCCUGAAAAUUUGGAGAUCCAGGAGAACUCUGUCACCAAGAACCUGCAAAUGAAUGUCAUUGGGUGGCUGAUGGCAGCUCCUCAAGUGAACCCAGAGAUCACUGGGCUAAAGUACAGCAAGAUGAGUGCCUUGGAGAAGCUGUGCCUUGAGUUGAAGGCUGCAGUCACCAUCAGAAAAGAGCAAAGCUGCAACAAGUCAUCCAAGUACUUUGUCAAGAAGGUUUAUGUUGAAGGCAACCUCCUGCACUGCUCUCAGGAGAACAGUGGGACUCAUGACCGCCUCCAAGACCCACAGAGGAUUGGAAGGCAUAAAUUCAAUCUUGGAUAACUAUUGACAUAUAAAACUGGUGACUCCACUUGUCAGAUUGUAGG